AUGUAUUCGUUUAAAAGCGUUGAACAUACUGGUCUUCAAAAUCUUGCUCAAACAUGCAUUGACAUCGGUGCUCGAUGUUCACGAUAUUUGGAAUGGCCGAAAGUCAAUUCGAGUGAUACUCCAAUUGCAACAGAUGAAGAUGUCAAUAUCAAAGCAGCAUUAAAAAAUGAAAUACAGGUUCCGUUGGAACUGAUGAAAGAUUUUGUACCGAUCUUCGACUCAUUGGAAUUUAGCAUAACACCUAUAAUACAUAUUGUCGUUCCAUCAUAUUAUGCGAUGAUCCAAUCAAAGUGUCAUUCUAAUUCAUUGGAUAGCAACAUUUUUGGAUUCGCCCUUUUGGCUAUCACCGACAAAUUCUACCAAACUACUCGAUUAAAAUCGAUAAAAGAUGGUCUACUCCUUAUAUGGCAAAUGAUGUCGAAAACGAUCGAAUGGAUCUCAUUAAUAACACGCGAAUUUGUAGAUUGCUCAACAACCGCCAUUGAAAAACCUCGAACUGACGAAUCUUUUGGUCUAUUUGCUAAAUUACCUAAUUCAUCAUCAGAACCUUCAAAAUCAAGCGUUAAAGAUGAACUUUCUGUUGAAUUAGCUCAGUAUAAUAAACUUUCAUUUUUGACUACUCCAGCUUUAGCUAAUCCAUCAUUACUAUUUCUUGAGUUUUAG